UUUAUUUUUUUUUUUUUUUUUGGGAUUUUAAUACGAAAAAACGGCCGCUAAUUUUUGUUGUCUUUUUGAUGAAUUAGAAGUUAUUCAUUCAUCAAGUACAGUGAAACACCUUGGAUUAGUACUGGGUCCUGCUUUGCCACAUCGGACCACUUGGAAUAAGGACACUUAUCUUGUUCGCUUCGCUUCCAUUGUUCGUUGUUACCGUCCCCAUUGAUUGAUUGAUUGUCUGUCUGUCUGUGGGUGUUUUUUUUUUGGACUGUCUGACAUAUCCUUUUUAUAUAUAACUCUGUUCCAUUUUCCUUUCCUUGUUCUUUCUACUGUUUUCUUCAUUUCUGCAUUAAUCUUAAAGAUUUCAUCUCUUUAGUCAUAUCUAUAUAUUCAUUCUCCAAAUCAUAACUUAUCAUAGAUUUUAUCAUGUCAACUACCACUACAACUAAUACUACCACUUCAACUAUCAAAUCGAUAUCUCAACUUUCAAACCCUACCAUCUUACCUAUUGAAGGUUAUACUAAACCAAUUGCAUUCACUACCAAUAUCCUCAUCGUAGGUGGUUCCUAUUCAGGUUUAAGUUGUUUAAAAAGUUUAAAAAAUCAUUUCAAACAUCGAUGUUCCCUUCCUCAAUAUUCAAAAGUAUUAUUAUCUCCUGAUGAUGAUGAAAUAGGUCAAACUCAAACUAAUUAUCCUCCUAAGAGAGUAUCAAUCACGUUAAUCGAACCAAAAUCAGGUCUCUUAAAUGUGAUUGGUAUCCCUCAAUCUAUUGUUGAUCCAAAAUUCGCUGAAUCUCAAUAUCUUAAUUAUGAUAAUCUUAAAGGUUUAAAAUUUGAUAAAAUCAUAUCUCAAGAUCUACAAAUCAUAAAUCAAUUCCAUUCAAGAUUAAAUAAACGAAACUCAAAUAGUAUCGCAAGUAAUAGUACUGCAUCUGAUGAUAUUGAAUACGAUGAAACUUAUAGUAUCGAAGAUGAUAUUGAUGGAGUUGGUAAUUUACAAUUUGGAUUUGAAAUUAAUUUCAUUCAUGGUAAAGUCACUUAUUUAGAUGAUAACAAGGCUCAAUAUUCAUUAACCACUACUGAUUCAAACUCAUCAGAUUUACCUGAAAAAGCAAUGAUUGAUUUUGAUUAUGUUAUCUUGGCAACUGGUAAAGAUAGAUCUUGGCCUACAACUCCAUUGGCUUAUAUUCCAUCAUAUUUCAUUAAUGAAAUGAUUCAAUCUUAUACUCAAAUUGAAAAUCAUAAUAUCAUAUCAAUCAUUGGUGCUGGUGCAGUUGGAAUUGAAUUAGCAAGUGAUAUUAAACGCAAAUUCCCCCUUAAGACCGUCAAUUUAAUUCAUCCUCAUGAAAAUUUCCCUCCUGAACCGUUAAGUUUAGAAUUUAAACAAAAAGUGAAAGAAACUCUUAUUAAAUCAAAGGUGAAUCUCAUUUUAAAUACCAGAAUCAAAGAAGAAUCAUCCAAUGGAGAUUUAAUCACUUCUGAAAAUAAAAUCAUUCAUUCAAAUUUAAAUUAUUGGUGUAAUAGUCAUAAAUCAAAUAUUGAAAUCCUUUCCACUCCAUUAUUAAAACAAUUCAAAACUGCUCAAAAUAAUCUUUUAAUCAAUGAUUAUUUACAAUUAUCAAACACCAUCACCAAUCACACCAUUGAGAAUUUCUUCGUCAUUGGUGAUCUUAUUGAAAAACCCAUUAUAAAAUCAGCAGGUUGGGCCGCAUAUACUGGAAGACAAAUUGCUAAUAAUCUUGUUAGUUAUCUCCUUGAUCUGAAAUUCAUUGAACCAUUCCCUGAUGUUAGUUUAAUGCCAAGAGGAAUGGUUAUUUUAGGAGGGGAUGGGAAUCUUGUUAGUGAAUUAAGUGGAGUGGUUGAAUUAAAUAAUGCAAGUUAUGUGGAAGAGUAUAAAGAUUAUUGUUUUGGUAAGAUUAAAGCCACGCUUGAUGUUUAAUUGAAGGAUUUGAUAAUUUUUCGCAACCAUAUAGACUUUGGUUAUAUAGAUUAGGUUUCUCCAUAAAUACAUAACUAUUUAUUUAAUUCAGAUAACUAAUAGAUAUAUAUAUAUAUAUAUAUAUC